ACCCAUGUUUAUUGUUUGAUUUCAUAAUGUUACAUUAAACAAAAACAGAGUACUCCAAUAAAUGAAAACUUAGCAAUGGCCUUGUCCUCCACCACCACCACUACAAUUUGCAUUCAAAGUAACAACAUUCCAAGCAAACUAGGAUUCUCAGCUAAUAACGUUGUUUUUUCUGUGAAACUACCGCGUAAACUAUGUAUCAGAAGCUCUAGUGAAAACUCUGCAGGUUCAACAGAGGUUGAGUCAGAGAGUUCCAUUGAACUUCCAAAAGAAUCAUCUUCUUUAAUUUCUGUUCUCAACGUAGAAAGAGCUCUCCGUGGCAUACCUAUUACAGAUGCAGAUCAUUAUGGUAGACUUGGCUUACCAAAAGGAUGUCCAUAUGACAUGGUACCAGUUGCGUAUAAUAACAAGGUUCGAGAAUUGGAGAGUCAAGGUUUAGAGGAAGACAUACUCAACAAGAAAUUGGAACUUCUCAGAGAAUCAUACACUAUCAUGUCAUCGCCGGAUGAAAGAAGAAUGUAUGACUGGAGCUUGUCCAGAGAAGAUAACACAGAAACAUACAUUUGGCCAUUUGAGGUUGAUGUUUCAGUACUUCAAGAAGGAGAUCCUCCACCACAGGAACCUGAGGAUGUUGGACCCACCAGACUGGUUGGAUACUUUCUAGCGGGAUGGAUACUGCUAGCAUUUGUGUUAUCAAUUGGACUAAACUUAUAGAAACAGGUUUGUGUGUAUAUGCAUCAAUGAUGUGAUGUAAUGGACAAAUGUUUUGAGUUGAUUGAAAUUCUAGGUUGUAUUUUAAACAAUAGAAUUUGAACAUUCAACAUUGUUAUUUCUUUCUCAUUCAAAAACAAUGGUAGAUUAAGUCA